CCGCUCGCCGGGUGGCGCAGGCGCAGUGUCCCCGGGCCAAGAUGGCGGCGCGGGGCUGCACACGCUGGUUGCUGGUGGCGGUGGGGAGCCACCGGCUGCCGGCCGCAGUGGGGCCCGGGGCCCGGCCGUCCCGGGUGGGCGUGGUGGACGCGUGGCUGGGUCGUCCGCUGAGCGUCGCUGCUGUGCCGCCUUCCCUGAGCGCUCGCGGCCCGGGGGCGCUGCUGACAUUGAGAUCAGGUGUCAGCCUCACAGGAGUGAAGCACUACCCCUUUGCUUGUCCUGCUUCCUUCCACACGAGUGCCUCUUUGGCCAAAGAAGAUUAUUACCAGAUACUGGGAGUGCCCCGGAAUGCCAGCCAGAAGGACAUCAAGAAAGCCUACUACCAGCUUGCCAAGAAAUAUCACCCAGAUACGAACAAGGAUGACCCCAAGGCCAAGGAGAAGUUCUCACAGCUGGCAGAAGCCUACGAGGUGCUGAGCGACGAGAUGAAGAGGAAGCAGUAUGACGCCUAUGGUGCUGCGGGUUUCGAUCCUGGGGCGAGCAGCAGCUCGGGGCAGGGCUACUGGCGAGGGGGCCCCUCUGUCGACCCCGAGGAGCUCUUCAGGAAGAUCUUUGGGGAGUUUUCCUCAUCUCCUUUUGGAGAUUUCCAGAAUGUAUUCCAUCAGCCUCAAGAGUACAUCAUGGAGCUGACCUUCAACCAGGCUGCCAAGGGGGUCAACAAGGAGUUCACCGUGAACAUCACGGACACCUGCGAGCGCUGUGAUGGCAAGGGGAACGAACCUGGCACCAAGCUGCAGCACUGCCACUACUGCGGCGGCUCUGGCAUGGAAACCAUCAACACAGGCCCCUUCGUAAUGCGCUCCACGUGCCGGAGGUGUGGUGGCCGAGGUUCCAUCGUCACAACUCCCUGUGUGGUGUGCAGAGGCGCCGGGCAAGCCAAGCAGAAGAAGAAAGUGGUGAUCCCCGUGCCUGCCGGUGUCGAGGAUGGCCAGACUGUGAGAAUGCCUGUGGGAAAGAGGGAGAUUUUCAUCACGUUCCGGGUGCAGAAAAGCCCGUUAUUCCGGAGGGAUGGCUCAGAUAUCCACUCUGACCUCUUCAUCUCCAUAGCCCAGGCUAUUCUCGGGGGCACAGCCCGAGCCCAGGGCCUGUAUGAAACCAUCAAUGUGACGAUCCCCCCAGGGACUCAGUCUGAUCAAAAGAUUCGGAUGAGUGGGAAAGGCAUCCCCCGGAUCAACAGCUACGGUUACGGAGAUCACUACAUUCACAUCAAGAUAAGAGUUCCCAAGAGACUGACGAGCCGCCAGCAGAGCCUGAUCAUGAGCUACGCUGAGGAUGAGACUGACGUGGAAGGCACAGUGAACGGCGUCACCAACACAAGCACUGGUGGCAGCACCAUGGAUAGCUCCGCAGGAGGCACUGCUAGGCCCGAGGCUGGGGAGGACAAGGAGGGAUUCCUUUCCAAACUUAAGAAAAUGUUUACCUCCUGAUUUCCCAGCCGAGGAAAACGGUCCACUGGAAACUAGCCGGGAGCUGAGGCCCUCCCCAUGUCACCGUGCCCGGGAGAUGGAGGAUUCCAGAAGAAUGGUACCCAGCCUGCCUGCAGUUUCUCCACAAACCUUGGCAACGGCAGUAACAAGGCAGCACAGCUCCCCCUGGAAGGUCACAGUGGGCAGCCCCCAGCAGCAAGACUGCAUCCCCUGGGGGUGGGUGCUGGUAGAAGCCUCCUUCCCGUUAGAUAGCUCAGUUCGGCCUCUUCUGGCUCAGGAGAGUAAGACAGUUGGGCACUUCUCCUAAUUUGGAACCAAAUGUGAUAAGAGAUCUUAGCAGAAGAAUUAAAGGCCCUGCUUACAGCUUUAAAAUGAAGCCUUAAGCUGCACAUGAGUUGUGAAGUGGUUGAUUUCCCUCUCACAAAACUCAGGGGGAGUCCCAGGAGUUUCUCCUGACAAGUCCUUUUUCAGGAGGCUGCGACCCACGUGCCCCACCUGCACCAUUCACCCCUCGGCAGGGUUCUCACAACUUCUCUCAGAGCUUAACUCCCAGUGGUCCUGAGUUGCUGGAAUGUGCACUUCUGGGGUCUGGGGGUCACACGGGCCCUGGAGUUGCUCCUGUCCCAGUUGGUGUCUCCCCCCCCCCCUCCCCCCCCGAGUACUGGCCUCAGCUAGUCACCAGUGGGGCCUGGGCCUCCUGCUGAUCACAGGUGCCGAGGCCCAAGGUCUCCUGCCGCAGCUUGGUUCGCGCCACUUAACACUUGAUGCCUGUUCUUGAAGUCAUUCAGUGCUAAGAACCAUUGUCUUUUCUUGUACAAAUGUCUGUUUGAAAAGAGGAAAGCAAGGUAUCAGCAGCUGAAGGCCCCCACCAUGAAGCCAGAGCAAAGUGUAGUUUCCCAGGCCUGGGCUCUUGGAACCGCAGGCUCACGACACAUGGCCGGGUCCUCCAGAAUGAGCUUUGGGCACUUUGCUUCCUGUGUCUCCUCAUAAUUUACCAAGGUAAAGCAUCUAUUAGCGUCUGGUUUAAGAGUGUCAAGUGAUUUCUGUAUCAAUGUAAAUAAGAUUCUCUACUGCAAAAAGAUAUUUAAAACCUAAA